AUGGAAUUUGAGAUAGCAUUUGCCGAACGCUAUGCGUGGGAACGUCACAAUGUCAUUAAGACCCUGACAGGAACCUGGUUGUACGGCAUCGCAGUGAUGUUCCCUCCGAUGGUGACCUGGGGAUCAUUCCAUUUCGAAUCGGGGGAUACAGUGUGUGCUCUGAGUUGGCAGGAAGAAACAUCGGCUGGACGUAUCUUCGUGGUCCUACUGAUCCUUUUGGUAUUCGUGAUUCCUCUGAGUUUUUCAAUAGCCUACUCAGUCGGCAAGAUAUACAACAAGUUAUCGCAGGAUAGAGGAGAUGACGGAAUGUCAUGGAGAGCGAGGGAGAAGGCGAGGAAAGCGGUCGUUAUAAUUUGGAUCGGCGUAACAAUCUUCCCGGUUAGCUGGAUGCCCUACUGCGUAUGCGCCAUGAUGGCUAUGUUCGGUGGCUCGAAGACGUAUAAUCCACAGAUUUCGUUCAUUCCUGGCAUUGUCCCUAAAGCCAGUGCUGUAUUCAACCCGUCAUUCUGCUUGCUUGCUGGUACACGAUUUCGAAACGUCACUUUAAAGCUGAUCUGUGUGUGCCGUAAGAUAGAGGAAGAUGAAGAAGAUGAGGAGGAGAUUGAUGAUCUGUCGCAAGGAAGACAGCUGCGUCCUUCCGCUCUGAUGCAGCGCAGCCUGCAAGGGGAACUGAGCCGUAUGCGACGCAUGCGCCGCUAUCAGCAGACUCGGACAGAGGCGCGGCAACUGCGAAUAAACGGGCCUUAA